AUGGUCGGAACAACAGUCACUACUACUCCAGCAACCAUCGAGCAAUGCAUCCCAUUUAUGGUCAAGGCAUUGACUGAGCUCAAGAAGUUCUCACAGAAGAAGAAUGAUACAGCACUGUUUGAUAGCGAUGUCAGCUCUGUUCAGUUGAGCUUCCUCCCAGCCAAAGCAUACCACCUCGACUCCACUAAGCCUUUGGUCGUCACUCUUCCACAUGCAUCAGAGUCAAAGGUUGACAUCUGUGUCUUUGUCCCAGUUGCAAACAAGGAGGCCAUCGAGCAGAAGCUCGCCGCCGCCAACAUCACCGCCAAGGUGUUGACCAUCAACGAGAUCUUCUCAGAGUACCGUCAGUUUGUUGACAAGCGCAAGCUCAGAGACUCAUACGACCUCUUUGUUGCACACAGCUCACUCUACAACGUCCUCCACAAGGGACUUGGCAAAGUAUUCUUUGGAUCUAGAGCAAAGACACCUUUGGUUAUGGAUCUCACCAUGGACUCGACUAUUGCAAAGUUAAAGAAUGCCAACAGGAUCUCUCAGAUCAAGUUGCUCGGCAAAGAGGGCUUCACUGCUCACGUCGGUGAUAUCUCACUGAGCCCAGCUAAUCUCAAGGCCAACGCUGAGUUUGUUCUCAAGACCGUCGUAUCACACUACGCCGACAACAUCAACAGUUUCAGAUCGAUUGGUGUCAAGACCCAAGAGUCACCCAACUUGCCAAUCUUUAGCCAAUUGAAGGCUGACCAGACAAUGAAGGAGGCUAGCGAGGAGGAGGUCGAGGAGGAGGGGGAGGUUGAGGAACCAAUCAUCACAGAGGAGCAGCCAAAGAAGAAGCUGAAGGCUACCACCCCAGUCAAGGGCAAGAAGGCUGUUGAGGAGCCAGCUGCUGUUGAGCCACCAAAGCCAACUACCCCAAUCAUCAAGAAGAAGGCUGCUGCUACUGCCGCUGCUGUUUCCACCCCAAAGGAGACUACCCCAAAGGCUGUCGAGGCUCCAAAGGAAGCCACACCAAAGAAGUCUGCUCAGACUCCAAAGAAGGGUGCUGCUCCAGUUGAGGAGAAGGUCGUUGAGGCUCCAAAGGAAGCCACCCCAAAGAAGGGUGCUAAGAAGGCUGCUGCCGCUGCUGCCCCAGUUGAGGAGAAGGUUGAGGCUCCAAAGGAAGCCAUCACAAAGAAGGCUGCUCAGACACCAAAGAAGGGUGCUGCUGCUGCUGAGAAGGUUGUUGAGGCCCCAAAGGAGGCUUCACCAAAGAAGCCUGCUGCUGCCAAGAAGGCUGCCCCAGUAGCUGCUGUUGUUGCCCCAGUCGUGGAGGCACCAGCACCAGCCAAGAAGGCUGCUGCCGGAAAGAAGGUUGCCACCGCUGCUGUUGAGACUGCUGAGCAAGUCGCCUCCCCAGCUGCCCCAGCCAAGAAGGCUGUUGUUAAGAAGGCUGUCGCUCCAGCUGCCGCCGAGACCACCACCACCACCGUUACAUCCACCAAGAAAUCAACUCCAACCACCACUACUACCGAUUCAAAGGCAGCUCCAAAGAAGGCUUCUGUCGCCGCUGCUCCAGCCAAAGCUGCCGGAGGUGUCAAGAGAAAGCUCUAA